GGACGCGGCCGGCGGCGGCGUGGUGACAGCGGGAUGGGGCUGCGGGCUGGCGGGGCGCUGGGCGGGGCAGGAGCCGGCGCGGGCCGGGGGGCGCCCGAGGGGUCGGGGGCGAGCGGCGGCGCGCAGGGAGGCAGCAUCCACUCGGGCUGUAUCGCCGCUGUACACAACGUGCCGCUGAGCGUGCUCAUCCGACCGCUGCCGUCCGUGCUGGACCCGGCCAAGGUCCAGAGCCUGGUGGACACUAUCCGGGAGGACCCAGACAGCGUGCCGCCCAUCGACGUCCUCUGGAUCAAAGGGGCCCAGGGUGGCAACUACUACUACUCCUUCGGGGGCUGCCACCGCUAUGCGGCCUACCAGCAACUGCAGCGAGAGACCAUCCCCGCCAAGCUGGUGCAGUCCACCCUCUCAGACCUCCGAGUGUACCUGGGCGCGUCCACACCGGAUUUGCAGUAGCAGCUUCCCUGGCACCUGCCACUGCCACAUCCAGGAAGACACCUGGUCCCCAGCGGGUGGGCCACACAGAAGGGCCAGCAAGGGCGCCCUCUUUGCACGUGAGAGUCGGCACCAUCUUUACUGGCCGCCAGGCCUGGGACUCACCUAAGUAGUAUGGGAACCCCUGUUCCCACCUCGGCCCUCGGCCCUGAACGAGGUGGUGGAUCUGGAGAUUCCCAAGGACAAGGACCUUCUGUAGUGUCUUAUUCCAUCCUAUUAAGUGGACUGCCCAGCUGCAGAUAAAGACAGGCCUAGGUGACAAGGACUUGAGCAAAUUCUGGAGGCAAAUAGCCAAAAUGCUAUUGCUUCGGUAACUCAACAAAGAUAGGGUUUAGAACUCUAAAAUCCUUUUGCCCUCAUUGAUGUUACUUUAUGGUCAUAAGAUGGCUGCAGUGUCUCCAGGAAUCAUGUAUGUGUUCAAGAAAGAAAGGAGGAAGGGAAGAGGAAGGGCCAAGCCCACUGGACCUGGCAACUUCCAUCAGAAAGUAUAAUCUGUCCUCGGUCCCCUGUAUAUUUCCAUUUAGGUCUCCUUGGCCUGAGCCAAAUACUAUUGUCCUAGCUUUGAAGAAAGCUAACACAACAGGGAACAGCAUUGCCAUGGCUGAGCACACCAGUCAUGUUCCAUCUCCUGGGACUGGCACUCUGCCUCUUGAAAUAAACUUUUCUUACAGGAAAAAAGAGGAACUGUGUAUCAGCUUUGCUGUGUAACAAACCACCCCUGAACAUAGCCCCUAGAGGUUACUGUCCUACCCACAAUUUCUGGGUUGGAAAUUUGGGCUGGGCUGUACUUCUGCUGGCCUUGCCUAAGGUCAGCAUGAGGCCGCAGACAUUUGUCACCUUGGCUAAGGCUAGAUGGAUUAGGAUAGCUUCAUGUGCUUGUCUGGCUGGUGACAGGCUGUUGGCUGGGUGGCAUGGUUCUCUUCCAGGUGGUGCCUCUACUAAGCUAGUUUAGGCUUAUUUACAUGGUGGCCUUGAGGUUCCCAUAGUAGAAGUAAUAAGAACUGUAGCCUAAGGACCAGGACAUUGUCACUUCUGAAUUCUUUUGGUCAGGGGAAGUUGUAAGAUUUGCCCAGAUUCAAGGGAUUAAACAUAUUACACCUCUAGACAGGAGGAGCUACAGAGAACUUGGGGCAGUUGACACCCAGACUUACUGGUUGUCCUUCAUGAGUUCUUCUGUGUGGGUAAAUCACAGUGUCGCACACCCCCUGCCCCACCCAGUCUAAGACACUGAGAUCGAGGGGUGGAUGCAGUAGGGGCACUGUUGUCCACCCUAGUGUGGCGGGGGGACACUCCAGAACAGCUUCUGGAAACUAGAGUCUUGAGGAAGUGGGGCAGAGGGAGGUAGGCCUUAGCGUCACUGCCCCUGGGAACUCAGUCACUCAGCAUUUUCAAGCCUCAGUUUGCCCAGCUUAAAAGCAAGGACAAUGGCUUUUCCACCCACUGGGAACAGGAUUGAAAAGUGAUAGAAUGCAGUGUUUUAAAUGCAAAGCAAUACCUUGCAUUGGAUCUUGGAGGAAAAAACACACUAAGACAACUGGUCUGGAUUUUAGUUAAUGAUUGAAUACCAGUAUUGGUCUGUGGGUUUUGAUCCGUGGUUUAUGGUAAUGUAAGGAGGUGACUUGCUGUUGGGGGGGGAGCCAGGUGGAAAGUGGAUGGGGGACCUCUUUGUACUAUCUGCAAAUUUUCUGUGAAUCUAAAGUCAUUCCAAAAUAAAGGCUUAUUUAAUUUUUUUUAAA